AUGACAACAGCUACAGCGUUCGUCACGAAAGAACGCAGGAGCGGCGCCGCCAUGAGGACCGCCGUGGCCGUUCUGCUGCUGGCAGCCGCCUGUGCAGGUGCUCGGCUGGCCGCGGUGCUGCAGGGCCCGGUGUUCCUGCAGGAGCCGCCGCACCGCGCGGACUUCUCCAACUCGACGGGCGUCGUGCUGCCCUGCUCCGCCCACGGCAACCCGGCGCCGGCGCUGCGCUGGCAGACGGGCGACGGCGCGCCGGCGCUGGAGGUGGCCGGGCUGCGCAGCGUGCUGCCCAACGGCUCGCUGCUGCUGGCGCCCUUCAGCCCGCGCCAGUUCCGGCCCGACGUGCACACCGCCGCCUACCACUGCGUCGCCUCCAACAGCGUCGGCACCGCCGUCAGUCGCCGGGUCGCCGUCCGAGCGGCCGUGGCGAAGCAGCAGUACGAGGCGCAGGUGUACGACGAGUACGUAGUGGCGGGCAACACGGCCGUCUUCCGGUGCCACGUGCCGGCCUUCGUCAGGGACCACGUGACCGUCACAGGAUGGCUUCGCGCGCGUUCGCAGCGCAUCACACCAGACGUCAGCGCAGGUAAGUAG